AUGAGCACACAAGCCGUGUUUGAGGAUGAAGCAGCCUUUAGUGCUGCACUCUCAGAUGUUCGGAAUGACUCCAGUGACAUCAGCUACAUCAUCUGCGGCCAUGUUGGGGGCAGCCCGAAUCUCAUUGGUGUCAUGUAUACUGGCAGUGACACUUCAGAAAUUGGGUCAAAAAUGGACCCUACGGAGGCCAUGUAUGGAUUGGCUAGAUAUGAAACAAAGUUUGACAUGUCAACGACUGUAAAGUUUGUUUAUAUUCAUUGGAUUGGUGAGAACCUGCCUGUGGGAAAGAAGGGUCGCUAUGGUGUAGUCCAUGGCAGCAUUGAGUCCAGGUUUUCCCCUUACCACCUGCUGGUUGAGGCAAGCACACCAGAGGAUUUGGAUCCAGAGAGGAUUUUACACACUCUGAUGGAAACUGCGGGAACCAAAUCCAAGGUCGUUGACCUAGACCAGAUGCCCCAGCGACAGAUGAGAGGCUUCACCCAGACCCAGUUGCCACAGAGGGAUAAAAAGGCCAGCUUUGGGGUCACAAACAUGUCAGCCAAGGGUGCAGAGGUGGAUAUCUUGUCUGAUGUCUAUGAAGCUGUGGCUAGGGUACGAUCGGAUGCUGAUCCUUUGAGGUGGAUGGUUGCUGGAUAUGUGGAUGCUAAUCCAAAAGGUCCUCUUCAGUGUAUGGGCAGUGGAGACGGCGGACUGGAUGAACUGAAAAGUUGCUUGCAGGAUACAUUGCCAAUGUAUGGUCUGUAUCGUGUCACCCACAAAGAUGCUGACGACAUCACCACUGUCAAAUUUGUUUAUAUUGCCUGGGUCGGCACAAAGGUCAAGCCAGUAACAAAAGCCAAAAUCUCCACUCACAAAGGGACAGCAGAGGAGAUCUUCUGUCCAGCGCACGUCACCGUGUAUGCCUCGGAGAUCUCCGACAUUGUGGAGAGGGACAUUAUGGAAAAGAUCAAAAGUCAAGCGGCCCGCUAG